AUGUCCGACGACGAAACCCUCUCCAUCUACGACGAGAUCGAGAUCGAGGACAUGGCGUUCGACCCGGCCCUCCAGCUGUACCACUACCCGUGCCCCUGCGGCGACCGCUUCCAGAUUGCGCUCGACGACCUGCGCGACGAGCAGGACAUUGCCGUGUGCCCCAGCUGCAGCCUGAUGAUCCGCGUCAUUUUUGACCUGGAUGAUCUACCCAAGCCCCCCCCCUCCAGCUCCGGCGCCCAAGUCCCCGUCCCCGUCGCCGCCUAA